AUGAAUUAAGUGUGCAACUCAGAAAAAUAGGAAUCGAAAGAUCCUUUUGAAAAUUUUCAAAAUUUACAAAAAAUUCAUAUGUUUGAUGAAGCCCUGAAUGAGAUUAAUGAAGCUUUGAAGAUAAAUCCACUUUAUUCAUAGGCCUUAAACUUAAUAGGUAGGAAAAACUAAUACUUUUUGAUAGCUGAGUUCUCAAUAAAAGAUGAAGAACUAUUCUAAGUAGAAGAGAGAUUACAGGGAGUUAUUUAACCAAAUCCUCGAAUAGAAGAUGCUCAUUUUAACAGAUCACUUUUUUUCAGAAAAAACAAAAUUUACAAUUUGACGCAAAAUCAACUAAACCUAGAUUUUAAUGAGAGUACUAACCUAAAGAGCUUUUUAAUGAAAAAAUAAGAAAGUUUAUUAGAAGCACUUGGAAUAUUUUAGAAAAUCUUGGAGAUACAGUAUUUGAAUUAUCCUGCCCAUUAUUACAGAGGUUUGAUUUUUCAUGCUUUAGGAAAGCAUAUGGAUGCUUUUUUAGAAUUUAAUUAGGCAGUAGAAAUAAGGCCUACUUCCACUGAAGCUUUUUUUUAAAGAGCAGAAUUGUUAUUAGAUAUGAAUAGGAACUUAGAUGCCUUGGAAAAUUAUAACAAAUCAAUUGAAAUUGAUCCUAAAAGGGCCUAAUCUUAUAAACGAAGAGGUAAACUUCUAAAAUAAAUGGAGAAUUAUGAAGAGGCCAUUAUAAAUUUCAAUCAGGCAAUUGAAUUAAAUUCAGGUUUUGCUAAUAAUUAUGUGAAUAGAGGAUUGUUAUUUAAGGCUCUGAAUGAAAAACAAAAAGCCCUUGAAGAUUAUGAUUUAGCCAUUUCUAUCAACCCUAAAUUUAUCAAAGCCUACAAAAAUAGAGGUACCAUCUUAUUUCAAGAAAUUAAUUAAAAUGAUAAAGCAUUAAGUGACCUCAAUAAAAUCUUAGAAUUAAACCCAAAAGAUAUUUAUACUCAUAUUUAAAGAGCUAAUUUACUAUAAUUGCUUGGAUGUACUGAGUAAGCUCUUUAAGAUUACACAAAAGCAAUUGAUAUUAAUCCAGAUGAAACAGAGAAUUAUUGCAAACGAGCUGAUCUGUAUAAGUAGUUAGGCUAGACUGAUUUAGCAAUGAAAGAUUAUGACAAAGUUUUAGAGAUUAAUCCAAAAAAUUCAAAUGGUUAUUGGAAUAAAGCCAUCAUCUUCGAAGAAUUGAAAUAAUAUGAACCUGCAAUUGCUUUUUUGACUGGGUUUAUCUAAUUAAAUCCAUUAGAUGAGAAUGCUUAUAUGAAAAGAUCCGAUCUCUAUAAAUUGGUAAAUCAACUUGAUAAGGCAUUAGAUGAUUAAUAAAAGAUAAUAGAAAUCAACCCAAAAAAUAGGUUCAAAUUUGAAUAUUUUGCUGUAGCAUUUCUUUUCAAGGAAAUGAAUGAAAUCGAAAAAACAUUUUAAGAUCUAAAUAGAAUUUUGGAGAUUAAGCCAAAUAACAUCAAUACUUAUUUUAUUAGAGGAAAUUUGUACAAAGAUCUAAAUUAAGAUGAUCAAGCUAUUCAAAAUUUUAGCAAGAUAAUUGAGAUAGACCCAACUCAUUUUAUCGUUUUUUAUAAUCGAGCAAAAAUCUAUCAAAAAUUACAGCAGAAUGAUCUGGCACUUUAAGAUUUAAAUAAAGCAGUCGAACUCAACCCAUAAAUCACUUUUACUCUUAUAGAAAGAGGUGGAAAAUGA